CUUCCUCUUCCUCUUCCUGGUGUACACAAACACUCGCUCAAUCUUGUGCAUCUAAAUCCAAAAAGGAGCAGAAGACGAGGGCGUUCAGCACAAAGGAGCAGAAGACGAGGGCGUUCAGCACUGGCCAUCAGACAAGGUCAAGGUUCAGAUAAGAGAGAGGAGUACAAUGAAGUCCAAAAAGGGUACGCCUGCCUCCUUGAAGAAGUACCUCCUCUUCUACGUCUUCUGCGUGACAGUGUUUGUUCUUAACACCUGGCUGAGAGCAUCCUGGUCUCCGGUGGCUUUCAUCUUCACCAACUCCAACCACACCACCCAAAUCCAACCCAAGGUGACCGUCCUGCUGUGGUACUGGCCCUUCAAUCAGGUGGAGGACAUCCACGGGGACGUGUGCUGGGACCGCUACCGGAUCCCGCGCUGCAGAUUCGUGGCGGAGAGGUCCUCAUUUUCAGAGGCUGACGUGGUGGUGUUCCACAACCGAGAGCUGGUGACGGGAAAAGAAAAACUGCCCUUGGAGCUCCCCAGGCCGCUGGGCCAGCGGUGGGCUUGGCUGUCCCUGGAGUCCCCUGCGAACAAUGGAGACCUGAGACGAUUUGCAGGUGUCUUCAACCUCACUGUGAGCUACAGGAGGGACGCAGAUGUUAGCACACCAUACGGCAAGCUCCUACCACGAGCUUCCGAGGAGCCAAUGGACCCCAUCCCACAGAAUAAAACCGAUCUGGUCUGCUGGGUGGUCAGCAACUACAGGAGUUCCUACAGAAGAAGCAAAGUGUACCAAGAACUCAGCACAGUCGUCCCCGUGAAGGUCUACGGAAGAUGGACAAACACUCCCCUCAAGCCUAAAGACCUUCUUCCCACCAUCUCUUGCUGCUACUUCUACUUGGCCUUUGAGAACUCUAUCUCCAAAGACUACAUCACCGAGAAGCUGUGGAGGAACGCUUACCAAUCCGGGGCGGUUCCGGUCGUCCUGGGACCGCCAGUCCAGGAUUACGAGGCUGUGGCGGCACCACACUCUUUCAUCCACGUCGACGAGUUUGCUUCAGCAAAAGAGCUGGGUGAGUAUCUGCAGAAGCUGGCGGGCGACGUCGAGCGCUAUGGCGAGUAUCAGCGAUGGAGGAGAGAAUGGAAGGUGAAGCGGUACGAUGGCUGGCGGCAGAGACUGUGUGAGAUCUGCACACGGUACCGCAGCUUCCCUCGGCACAAGGUCUACGCUGACCUGGCAGCCUGGGAUGGCGCUGCUGCUACCUGAGCUUGCAACGUACACAAGAACACAGGAGGAACCUCUGAAGUUCAACAUCAGCAACCAGGAAACAUUAGUCCCUAGUGACAGAAGAUGUCCACUGCUGUAAAACUACUAUAUCAAAUACGAUUAUAAGAGAUAUAUAUUACACAUUUAUAGAGAAUAAUUGUAGUUUUCAAAAACAAUGUGAAAUAAUUAUUCAUGACCAAUGUCUUUUUGGUCAGGAUGGAAGUUCUUGUUGCUGCGACCAACAGACUAGUUUGUGCAACUCAUUUUCUCAUUUUUUAGCCAAUUCAAUGAGCCUUACGGGAUACCGUAGUAUUGUGUCAACUAAGUAUUGUGAGAUGUACUGUUGGGUAUGUGAUCCAAGAUGGCUGAAUAAAC